GCCCGAGUUUAAACGGCGGCGGCGGGUCCCGGGCCAGGCACCAUGGCGGGUCCCGGGGCGCCCCGGCCCCUCCGCGGGAAGUCCUUCUACCUGGACCUGCCGAGCGGGCGCGCUGCCCGGGAGCUGGCCGUGGCCAUCAGGCGCCUCGGCGGGGUGACCGAAAGCUUCCUUAGCAAAGAAGUCAGCUACGUGGUUUCCAGCAACAAAGAAGCCAAACGAGGCAGAGCCAGAACUCGGCCUGAGAAGCCCAGCAACGAAGCUUCAGAAGAUGCAAAAGCCACGGGCCCAGUGCCUUCUUCCUCCAAAGGGAACCAUCCCAGACCUCACCAGAAGCCCUCAGACACUGUCCUGAUCAGCAGGGGAAAGGAACUGCUGCAGAAGGCCAUGAAGAAUCAGGACACCUGCAGUGGCAGCAGUAUCCUCGCCAGCGCUCGCCUGUGGGGAGUCCAGAUCCUGCACGUGGAUGAUAUGUUGUCAUACACUCAACAGCUGCUGCGUGUGGUCUCCGAGGCAAGGAAGCAGUGCCAGAAGACAGAGGUGAAAUGCCUUGCAACCGGAUUGAAAACGUGCAAAGCAGGAAAAUUGAAGCCCCCUUUUCUGAAGGUUGAAGACCAGAGCAGGCAAUUCCGGCCCUUCCAUCACCAGUUCAAAAGCUUUCCUGACCUGAACUUCCUGGCACCCAAAAGCUCCAGCCCAUUUGAGCCUCUGAGAAGCCUCUCCAGUUCUUGCAGAGCCAGGGCUGUGGAAGCCUGUCCAAUAGGCAGCAAGGGGGAGAAGAGCCCCCAGUCCACACCAGUCACUGCGCCAAAGAAAAAGAGGGGAUUCUGUGAGUGCUGCCAAGAGACCUUUGAGGAGCUACAGAAGCAUCUCCAGAGCCCCCAGCACAAGCGCUUUGCUCUGGACCCCUCGCAGUACACCCCAGUGGACCGUGUCAUCGCGCAGCUCAGCUGCAGCUUUGUGGAGCACUCAGCCAAGGUGCUUCGGUCCUGCCUGACAGAUGAACGCUUAGUGCCUCAAGCACAAGUUACUGGAGAAAUGGAGAUGCUGACAGCAGAGCUGGGAAAGGAAAGGGAGCAGCCUGAGCAGGAGCUGUUCAUUGAUACAGAGCAUGAUCACAGCCUGAAGACCAAGGGAGGUUCUCCUUGUCUGCCCAGGGACAGGCUCAGUAACCCCAGUGAAGGAGGGGAGUUCAAGACCUGCUCUGUUGGAGCAGGGCUCGCCAGAAGGGUCUGUGCUGCUCAUGGCACCCUGGAGGAGGUUGUGCUAGGGGAUACAGAUUUGGGCUUGGCUUCUGACCUGAGCUGGAGGGCUUGCAUAGAGGACCCUCAUGUCAGAGAGACAACGGCUUCCUCGUCUGAACCUCAUGGACAGCAAGUGCUUGGGCCUGCCAGCCACCUUCCACAAGCACUGCCUGCCUCCAGGAAACGCCAGCUCUGCAGACAGAGCACCCAGGGGGCAAAGAAGCCCAGGCUGGAGCUGUGGGGUGGUAGUGGCCUCUCUCCAUGUGAGCAGACAAGCCCAGGGGAUGGGGGCACGGGUGGGCAGGGUGCAGGACAGGCGGCUGAGCCAGGCUUGCCUGGUGUAGUGGAGGCUGGCAGCUUGCCCCUAAGCACAGAGCUCUCCAGCAGACCUUGUAGCUCCGUUGGUUUGGACCUGGGCCUGUGCAGGGACCCUGGGGACCCUGCAUCACACCUUGAAGCUGCCUCUGGGGGUUUUGAUCCCGCAGAGGCUGCUGCAGCCCGCGCUGUUGGUGAGUGUGGCUGGAGCAGGGUGAACGUGAGCUCCAAAGGGGAGCAGCUCCGAGGGGAGAAUGAAAUCACACCCAGAAAUGUGCUCAGCCCUGAUGUGGAGAGCACAAGGAGCCAGACCGGCUGCCCCUUGCCUUCUCCAAAACUGCUUGGGGCCAAAGCUGGCUGUUGCUGCUCACUCGGUGUCAGAGCAGCAGAGAAAAGAGCACCAGACCUCCCGGGCCAUGGCGAAGAGCAGGGUCCAUGCCCUGGCCUCCUUCAGCCUCCUCCAUGGAACGCUCCGGCUGAGCAUGUCUUCAGCAGCAGUUCUCUGCAGUCAGACUGGGAUGUGGCCCUGCUCUCCACGCUAACGGGUGUCCAGGGGGGCAGGAUUCACCCUGCGGACCGGGAUUUGCUCCAGAGGGCUCAUGUCAAUGUGAGGGACAGUGGGUAUGAGUCUCAGCUCUGCUCAGUCCUGAAGCAGAAGUCAGAGCUUGCCUGGGCAGGCAAAGAGGACAAGAACUGCCGGAACUGCAGCGCUGACACCAAGAGGGGCUCUUUCCCCAUAUUUGAGACCUGUUUUGGCAGCUGGACCAGCUAAAACCACCUCCUGGCUGGUCUCUGCGCCCUUGGUGGGAGCUGGAAAGUGGCUGGAAAGGGAUUUAACAAGGAUCAGGAGGUACUGCUGUGAGCCAGA